AUGCAUGUGGCCAACCUGUGUUAUGUAACGCUACAGCUUGGAUACGCCCUUCGACAUGGCAUCUAUCCAGCUGUCGUGUUGAGGUCCUUGACUUGGCAUACGAAGGGGCCAUUAAGACCGACAUCAGGUUCGAGCUUGAUCAUUACUUCGUCGUUCUCGCGAUUCCGUGCUUUCUCCACCUAUAGCUAUCGCUUGAUGACUACCACUUUCACAGAGAGAACACAUCCCGAAAGCCCUGCAUCCUGGGUUCUCAUUUAUAUUUUGAUACAAUUCGGCAAGCAGAAUUUUCCUAACGCGCUUGAUGAGUCGUUUCUUCUUUCAUUGCUGCCGCCCCUAUCGAUGUCAUGGGCGCUUCGGUGUCUGCGUAUUGGCCAUAGCCAUGAGCAUACUCCUAGGCCCUUUCGGACGGAAAAUCCGGUCAACGUUGGCCUUGCCCUCGUCAACUCGACGGCAGCUUGCCAGUUGAACUCGCCUUUACACUUUGACAAAAGGUUGAGGCUGGACCAGAGUACUCUUCUCUCUGUAGUCAUUUGGGAGUGCGUGCAUUCCUCGUGCAAGGGACGAGGGGCAAGUGGCCCGACAUAA